UUGCUUCCUCUUCUUGAAGUUCAGAUUUUAUGGUUAUUGUUAAUGGUUAGCUUUUGCGGAGUUUUUUCCGAAGGAAAAAUUUUAGGCUAACCGAUCUUGAAUAUCGGAAUAUCUCUAAUAAAAUGUCAAUCGUACAGAAUUUUUUCAAACGUUACUUGCCGGUGGUGAAGGCCGACGAUGAAGAAUUGGUGGAUCCGCAAAAAGUACUUCGUGAGGAAUGUGCUUUAGAAGCAAAAUGUGUCAAUUUGCAGGAGAAAUUGAACACAUGCAAUGAUCGUGUUAAUUCGAGAUCCAAUACGGAAGAAACUUGUCUAGAGGAACUUCUUGAUUAUGUGCAAUGUGUCGAUCAUUGCGUCUCAAAGACUCUGUUUAGCAAACUUAAAUAAUUGUACGAUAUUCCCAUAUAAAGACCCAAUUGUUGUUCACAAUGUUGAAACUUAAUUUCUCAAUUAUUGUAUAUAUAAUCUAAUGCUAGUAAAAUAAAAAAUUAAGUUAUUA